AUGAACUCCCUCAAGGUUCCGGAGAGUGGCCUGCUGCUCGAUGGGCCCUCUGAAGGGGACUCUUCCUCGCCUCCCCAGGCCUUUGUCCUCUCUCUCAGCGACGCCGUCGUUCAGAACCUCGUCCAGAGUGCUCGCAAUGGCGAGGAUCUGCACCUCGCCUUGGGGAAUAUUCCGACGCUGCAUUUUGGCUCCCAGUCACAUGCAAUCACCCCGCCCGACGAUGACGUUCCGUACGACUUAUACCUCACGAAACCAUUCGAGUCGACGCGCAAGGCAGAGAGGCUGCCCCACACGGGCUCACUGUUCAAGAAGCCCAAGCAACCCGCCUCGGACCAGAAGAAGACCUCGGCUAAGGCUGUAAAGGACGCGGACCAAAAAACAAACGGUGCCCCUACCAACGGCAAGAGCUCAACACCCUCCGCCUUGGAGUCCGACAUCGAGGCUCUCCAGAACGGACUGGCGGCCCAUGAUGCGGCACGAGAGAGAGCUCGCAUGGUCGAGAAGCUGCCUGCGUCGAGAAAGGGGGCAGACAAGGCAAAGGGCAAGCUUUGGCCAAAUUACAACUCGACGCCCAAGUCAAUGCCGACAUCGCCCGCCCUCAACAACUCUGCGGCCUCGCCGUCCUCGACCCCUGCCUUGGAUGCCUCGCAGCAGGUGAUGGAACGAAAGAAGGAGCAAAGAGUUGUGCUCGUCCACGAAUUGGCCGUCAAGGACCGGACAACAGACUACUUGCGGGGGAAAUGGGCGGCCAGGGAGUCAGAGUUUCGACCAACUCUGGAGAAAAUGGCCGAGUUCAGCCCGGACUCGAACAAGUGGGCGAUGAAGAAGCCUUGUUGGAAGGAGCUGGACGUGUGGAGAUACGACUACGGCACCCAGGAAGAUCGGCUGACAGCCAUCGACAACGCCGUUCGACAGUACGACAAGCAAAGGCUGUCAUCAUCCGAAGUGGAGUGGCAAAGGCUACUGCCAAAGGAGGAGCGAGGCAAGGGCAAGUGCUUGAGUCGUCUGCAGGCCAACCUUGCCAAGGGUCCUGCGCAGCAGCCGGCACCGAAAAUCAAGGUACAGCGGGCGGAUGAUAGCUCCGGAUCCAAGGACGACGGGGACAGCCUGGACACUGACAAGCCCAAGGCCAACGGGGAAAUCAUGUCGAGAUCGAACUCGAACCCUCUGCCCGCCAAGUCGAACAAGAUCACGGCGCAGUCGGCUCAGGCCAAGCGCCUUCUUGGGAACUCCAAGGCCAAGGCGGCAGCGCAGAAGCCAUCACCGACCAAGGCCAAGCCUGUGGCCAAGGGAAGCAGCGGGCGCGUCCUGUCGGCGGCCAUAAUCGAGAAUUCGGACUCGUCGGGCGACGAGGCCCCUGCGCAGAAAGCCAAGCCGGCUUCGUCCAAGCCCAAGGACACGGUCAUUGUCAAGACGAAACCUCUGCAUCGUGCACCGCCUGUCAAGCAGCGGCAGCCGCCGCCGCCGCCGCCGCCGUCGCGGCCCCCCGUGAAGCGAAGUCGCGACGACGACGAUUCGAGCUCCAGCUCUGGCACCCCACUGUCGAAGCGGAUCAAGCCAAAGCCGCAGCCGCUGCCUGCGCGAAGCACAAAGCAGCGACCGCCCAACGCGGGCCCGGCGUCCCGCAGCGCCGGCGCGCCUUCGUCGUUGAAGAGCAAGAAGACUUCACCGACCAAGUCUUCGCCGUUGGCGUCGUCGCCACCAACCAACGCAUCGGACCUGGACGAAGAGACGCCGCCGGCGCCAUCCAAGAAACGCAAGGCCGAGAACGAUAGCAAGCCAGGGCCGACGAAGCGACGGGUGGUUGAAAGCGUGCCGACGGACGUGCUGAGCAAGGCGCACAAGUUCAAGGCGUAUUACCAAAAGUACGAGGCACUUCACUACGAGAUCUCGGCGCUCGACGACCCGCCGCACGAGAAGCUGGCGGACCUAUUGGACAUGAGAGGCCGGCUGCAGAUGAUGAAGAAGGAAAUUUACAAGCAGUACUCGCCCGACAGAGAGUAA